AUGUCAUUAACAAUAAGAAAAUUAAAAAUGGUUUCAUUAAUUGAAUUAUUUCUUGAUAUUGUACCUGAUUAUCAAUGUGCUAGAAAAACUCUUCCAGAUAAUCAUUUAACAAAAAAUAAACAUAAACAAAUUAAAACAAUUGAACCAUCAAAACUUAAUCUUGGAUAUUUAGCUAUUCAAUGUUUAUGCAAAUUAUUAACUUAUUUACAUCAUUUUGAUUUUAGAAGAAAUCUAUAUAAUGUUAUUGUUCAAUAUACGACUAGUAGAUAUCUGUUAAAAACAAUGUCUUCUGCACGAUCAGAUAAUAAAUCAUCUAAAAAGAAUCAACGUAAAGAAUGGAAUAAUUUGAAAAAAAAAAUAAUUCGUCUUGUUCAUGAGGCAAAUAUUUCAAACAUAUCAAACAUCAUCAUUGAAUUAUUCAUGGUAAAUAUAGUGAAAGGUUGCGGCCAUUUUGCUCGGAGUAUUAUACGUGCUCAAUCAACAUCACCACAUAAUACACAAUUACAUGAAUUUAUUGCUUUCGAAAUAUUAAUUUUUUUACUCAAAAAUCCAUCCAAUGAUGAUGAUGUUGAAUUAGCUAUUGAAUUUAUCAAAGAAUGUGGAUAA